AUGGAACAGAAGGGAAAGGUGUUAAUGCAAAAAUACGAGUUGGGAAGAUUACUAGGCCAAGGAACGUUUGCUAAGGUCUACCAUGCUAGGAACCUUAUAACUGGCGUGAGUGUGGCCGUUAAAGUAGUUGAUAAAGAAAAGGUUUUGAAAGUCGGGAUGGUUGAACAAAUUAAGCGGGAAAUUUCGGCCAUGAAAUUAGUCAGACAUCCGAAUGUGGUUGAGCUUUACGAGGUAAUGGCCACUAAAACCAAAAUUUUCAUUAUCAUGGAGUAUGCAAAAGGCGGCGAGCUCUUCAACAAGAUAGUUAAGGGAAGGCUCAAGGUGGAUGUUGCGAGGGGAUAUUUUCAGCAGUUGAUGAGCGCAGUUGACUACUGCCACAGCAGGGGUGUGUGUCAUCGAGACUUAAAACCCGAAAAUCUAUUAUUGGAUGAAAAUGAGAAUUUGAAGGUUUCGGAUUUUGGUUUAAGUGCCCUUUCUGAAACCAAGCGCCAAGAUGGGUUACUUCACACUACAUGUGGUACCCCUGCGUAUGUUGCUCCAGAAGUGAUAAACAGAAAGGGUUACGAUGGAAGCAAAGCGGAUUUAUGGUCGUGCGGGGUAAUCUUGUUUGUUCUAUUGGCUGGAUCUCUUCCAUUCCAAGAUCAAAAUCUCAUGGAGAUGUACAGGAAAAUCUGUGAAGGGGAAUUCAGAUUUCCUAAAUGGUUUGCACUUGAGGUUCGCCGGUUGUUGUCCAAAAUAUUGGAUCCAAAUCCAAAGACUCGGAUAUCAAUGGCCAAGAUCAUGGAAAGUUCUUGGUUUAAAAAGGGGUUAGAGAAGCCGAUCGUUAUCGAGACUGAAAACCAUGAACUAGCUACUCUGCACUCCGAUGGAGUGUUUGCAUUUGCAGUAUCCGAAAACAGUAGUGGUUCUAUUACGGAGACAAAACAACAGGCAAAGCCUUGCAACAACUUAAACGCCUUUGAUAUAAUCUCCUUCUCGUCUGGUUUUGAUUUAUCCGGUUUGUUCGAAGACACGAUUCUAGAAAAAGAGACGAGGUUUCUGUCUAACAAGCCGGCCUCGAUUAUAAUCUCUAAGCUGGAAGAAAUUUGCAAGUGUCUUUGCUUGAAAGUUAAGAAAAAAGACGGAGGUUUGUUAAAGCUGGAAGGUAGGAAAGGGACACUGAAUAUCGAUGUUGAAAUUUUCGAGAUCUCCCCUCACUUCCAUCUCGUGGAACUUAAGAAGUCCGACGGGGAUACAUCGGAGUAUCAGAAGCUUAUGCAGCAGGAGAUUAGACCAGCGCUCAAGGACAUUGUGUGGGACUGGCAAGGAGAACCGCCACGGCAACUUCAACAUGAACUAGUGCUGGAGGAACAACAACCAUCUGUUGCUGCUCAAAUUUAUUGA